AUGAGCAGCGAAGAUAGAAACCCAAACCUCGGGAAACAGAACAAUGGGAAUUCAAAAGGCACGGCAAUGUACGAGAGAAAAGAGACGGCGAAACGGGAAAUUUACACUUUCCCGGCGAUCGCACGGAGAAAAACCCUAAGUCCUCCGUUCUCACUCGCUCGCUCUCCGGUUACACCCAAAUUUCGGCCGAAUAAAUGUCUACAGAAGCAAAAUCGUUCGCUAUUUUACUUGUUUCCGCGCAGUUCCCGAGGAGAGAGUGUGGCCGAAUGUAUGGGAAAGGUUUCUCCACUUUCUCCACUCCUUUUCCUCUGA